AUGAAGAGAAUAUUAGUAGCCCCAUCAUAUACUCAUGCCGCAGAAACAACGAAGAGGUCCGCUCCAGACGUCUGGCAGGACAGCAACUACAGGGAAGAAGAGACAAAGAAGGAAGAGGAGGAGAGGAUCUUCAAAGAAAUAAAGAGACACCUUAAAAGGACUAAUGAGAAUAUGACAAUAGUCAAGAAGACAAACUUCCUGAAGACCACCAGAAUUCUUACAGAUAUGACACUAUACGAUUCAUUCAUCAGAGUUAUCCACCUGGUAGACACCCCAGCAGGAAUAGCACCUGUGGAGGCAGACUACAAAGACACCCCCAUGUUCAACAGCCCCAGAGGCAUCAAAAAAUCAAAGUACACUUUUAAAACAGAAAUGACACAAUCUCUUAUAAACAACUCGUCUGUACGGAUAGUAUCAACAAUAUACGCUAUAGAAGGAAGAAACACAAGAAAUUUAUACAAAUACUUGGAUAAAUCUGUUUCUCUAAUAAAAAGACUAUCUAUACUUGAUCAACUAAUUAAACUAUCCCUGUCUUUAAACAAAAAGAUUCUUGAUCCAAAUAGUAUUUACAUACAGGAUGAAAGAAGCACAAACAUUUUAUACAUCCCCACCGAAAGAAACACAGUAAGCACCACAGAAUACAUGAUGUUUGUAGUGAGUGUCCUACUAAACACGUAUACGGUGAUGGAAAGAGCAAUCGUUGUAAGAGAACUGACCAUGAAGGCGCAGGGCAGCAUAAACAGCGAAGUAUACAACAUACUCCUGCUGCUGCACAAAGGAACAGCCUCCAAAGACUGGGCCAGCGCAUACACAGAGGCCUCUGAAUACAUUGUAAAGUAUAUGAAAAUUAUUCAAUAA